UGGGCGGAAUACUCUAUUCAUUCAUAUAGGAAAGAGGGGAGGUUAACUCCGCCGUCACGCUGUAUGUAUGCCCACUGAAGUUGUGAAGCGUGACAGUUUUCAUCUCGCUGCUUAGAGAGUGUUUCAGAGAGAAAUAACUACAAAGAAAAUAUCACUUAGAGCGUCACCAGUGUGUAGAAGAUUUACAGUAGAGGACUGUUUAGCGGAUGAGUUAGUGGGACCCGUCACCAUCCUCGUCCUGAGCUGGGACUCCUGACAGCCAGAGGUCUCAGUCGUCAUCUUGGCCUCCACGAUGCUCUCACCCUCAUCAUACCCCUCCAGGCUGAAGUAUGUGUCUCUGGUGGUGCUUGUGCUGCAGACCACUUCUCUGGUACUCACCAUGCGCUACUCCCGCACCCUGAAGGAAGACGGCCCCCGCUACCUGGCCUCGUCAGCCGUGGUGUCGGCUGAGGUGCUCAAGAUCCUCGCCUGCACCCUCUUCGUCUUCAGGGAGAACAGCUUCAGUGUGCGGGCGAUGAAGCAGCUGCUGAAGGAGGAGAUUGUGAACAAGCCAGUAGAGACCCUGAAGCUGGCCAUUCCUGCAGGGAUCUACACGCUGCAGAACAAUCUGCUCUAUGUUGCCUUAUCCAACCUGGACGCAGCCACGUAUCAGAUCACGUACCAGUUAAAGAUCCUCACCACAGCACUGUUUUCAGUCUCCAUGCUAGGGAAGAGGUUGGGUCUCUACCAGUGGCUCUCAUUGCUCUUCCUCAUGGCGGGGGUCACUUUGGUGCAGUGGCCCACUGACUCUGAAGGAGACUCUGAACAGAAGAUCCUGUCGGCAGGUUCUCAGUUUGUGGGGCUGAUGACUGUGCUGAUGGCCUGUGUGUCCAGUGGCUUUGCUGGAGUUUACUUUGAGAAAAUCCUCAAAGAGACUAAACAGAGUCUGUGGAUCCGAAACAUAGAGCUGGGUUUGUUCGGCCUUGUGUUUGGAUUUCUAGGAAUGAUUGUGUAUGACGGUCAGAGGGUGAAACAGUGGGGAAUAUUUCAGGGCUACAACACCAUCACCUGUGCAGUCGUUUUCCUACAGGCUGCGGGCGGGCUGGUCAUAGCUAUGGUUAUUAAAUAUGCAGACAACAUCCUCAAAGGAUUCGCCACCUCUCUUUCCAUCAUUCUGUCUGCGCUCAUUUCAUAUUUUCUGUUACAGGACUUUAAUCCUACCAGAGUAUUUUUCUUAGGUGCAGUGCUGGUCAUUGCUGCCACAUUUCUGUACGGCCAUGAGCGCAGACCAGCUAAUGGCAGCACCAUCGCAGUGUAAACAGAGAUUUCUCCAAACUGAGGUACUUGACGGGAGUGAUGAUGGGCACACAAGAAAAUAGGACUCCAUGAACCGUACAUAGAAAUUAAUGAAGCUGGAAGAGGUGCUGUCAAACUUCAGCUGGAGACUGCUGAGACUGGGCAUGUCCUGGAAAAAUGCUGCUUUGCACCACAGAUGGUGGUCAAUGUUGUUGAAUACACUUGAUUUUAAAGAUGGAUUUUUGGGGGGGGGUUGUCUCAUGACAUACUAUCAGGAUUACACUGAAGCUAUCUUGCCAUGAAAAUACAUGGAUGCUAUUAUAAUAAUUUACAGUUUGACUGGUACAUCCCACAAAAACUGGAGCAGGACUGAUGUUUAGGUUGGGCAAUAUCGUCAAUGAUGAAAGUCAUUCAUGUUAAUCAACAAAUGACAAUAGAAAAACUUUCUAACAUAAUUUUGUUGCAGAAAACUAUGAGUUGUUGAAGAAAAUGUGUCUCCCCCUGGUUUGUGGAGCAGAAGGUGCUCAGACUCAGUUCUUUAAAAUACUCUGAACACUGUCUGCAGCAGAAGUAUGCAUAGUCACAUGGUUAAAAAACUUAAAACAGGUCUGCUAGACCAUUUACUUACAUCUCAAAGAUGUAUCAUAUCAGCCACAAUACUGACGGAGAAUUUUUUUCUUAGGUAUCAUUGUUGGCCUCUAAAUUGUCACAGCUGUUAGGACCUAAUAGUAACUAAGUUUAGGUGUCAUUUCAAGAGACGAUGAUAUCAGGGUGGAAGCAUGGCUCCAGGUACUUUCAUUUCCGCACUAUAUAGUCCAGUGUUUCAACCAUGUUUUUGUGUGUUGUGGAAUAUAGGGUAAGGAGUUUAUUUACAAAACAAAAAAGGGUAUUAAUAGUGCUAGAAGCUCCUGCUUCAAUGAGAGGAAAGUCCUUUGCAGGGCUUCCAUCUAGGGGUUGAAUGAGGAGCACACUUGCUGCAAAAAGGAGUUACCUCUGUUCAAAGAUGCUGAUUGUCUUUUUUUAUAUGAGAUGAGAUAGGAUGGGAUAUGACUGCUUUGACCUUGCUGCUCACAAUCUAGUAAUCAUGUAAAAGCGCUCAUUCCACUGUCUUUUUAAUGUAAAAAUAAGGUUUUUUAUGCGAGAACAAAUGAAUAAAUUAUUAUCUUUUGUGCUGAAACAACCAGCUCUGGAUUCAUCUUUUUUCUAACUUCAAAGAGAAAUGAACUGAUAAACCAGAGCCUCAUGUGUGUAUGUGUACGCUCUCUCUCACACACUCUAAUGCAUACACACAGGGAGGCACACCCGUGAAUAUUUUGAACAUUUUUUUCAGUUCCAGUUGCAGUGCA